CUGAACAGCGGAAUGAUAUCCGGCUUAUAUUCAUGUACGCCACUCCUCCACUGUACUGUUGGUAACUGCGUAAACAGUGGUUCCCAAAAUAAUCUUCACUCUUGCAGUUAGAGAAGAUCGGCGUUCAUGAUAUUCAGAGUUACCUGAUAAUCGGAGAAUGUUGUCUACAUAAACUAAAGGCGGGUGAAACGUGAGCAUUUCAAACUUUGGUCUGUUCAAAAUUUCUCCUGACCAAAGAUGACACUCUCAGAAAGACGAUAACUGGAGUUUCUACCAUCACCUGCUUCGGCUUGGUCUUCAGAGGUCAGCAACGCAGUAACACAGGCAGUUGAUGGGUGACCCCGGAGGGCAGACCGUCUGAACAUCUCCAAGCAGUGAGGGAACGGCAACGCAUUCUGCAAAAAUGGAUGAGCGUCAGGCUCUUCACUCCAUUAUGAAGGACCUGGUUGCGCUGCAGAUGACACGGCGACAGCCCGUGGUCAGCCAUGAUACUGGACCGCCCAAGGCUGCCACCUCUCCGAGCAGACAGGACGAUGUCAGAAUCAAGUUUGAGUUCUGUGGAGAGAGACGGAUCCUGAUGUUUGGGCGGCCAGUGCACUUUGAAGAAGUCAAGCAGAAGGUGAAGACUGUGUUCGGCCAGCAGCUGGAUCUGCACUACAUGAAUAAUGAGCUGUCCAUCCCUCUGCGCAGCCAGGACGACCUCGAUAAAGCCAUCGACUUGCUGGACCGCAGCUUCAACAUGAAGAGCAUCAAGAUCCUGCUGCUGACGCAGGAGCACAACGGCGUCUCCUCCCCCUCCCAUCCCACAGUAUGUAAGCAAGUGCGCAUUAAGACUUCGCAGUCCACUGGGGAUGGCAGCGCAGCCUACCAGUCCUCCGAGCCUAGGGGGCGCCACCUCAUCAGCAGCCCUCAGAACACGGGGCGCAGCUCUCCCCCACCGGGUUACGUCCCAGAACGGCAACAGCGUGUCGCCCGCCAGGGCUCCUACACCAGCAUCAACAGCGAGGGAGAGUUCAUCCCCGAGACCAGCGACCAGUGUAUGCUGGACCCCUGGAGCAGCACGGAAAACUUGGUAUCCAGCAGCUGCCAGUCCCUGGACAGCAGCUCAGACAGCCCCUUAGUCAGGAAGUCCCGGACACACAGGGCCAAGAGCUACCCGGACAACCGGCAGGACUUCUCAGACCACGAGAACCACUUCUACGACAAGGUGGCGGGCAAGGGAGGGACAUACCCCCGCAGAUACCACAUCUCCCCCCAGCACAAGGACCACAGUGAAGGCCGGCGGACGUUUCCGCGGAUUCGCCGCCCCCAGGGGAACCUCUUCACCCUGGUCCCGUCCCGGCGCUCCCUGAACGGCAGCGAGGACAGCCUCUGGUCUGGCUGGCAGCUGGCGGACACACAGGGCCGGCUCCGCCCUCAAGACCGCGGCGCGCCCCACAAGUCACCCAGCGCCCCCCUGAUCUGGCGGAGAGGCAAACUGCUGGGACAAGGUACUUUUGGGAGGGUCUACCUCUGCUAUGAUGUGGAUACAGGCCGUGAACUGGCUGCCAAGCAGGUCCAGUUUGACCCGGAUAGCCUUGAAACCAGCAAGGAGGUGAGUGCUCUGGAGUGUGAGAUCCAGCUGCUGAAGAACCUUCACCACGAGCGCAUUGUGCAGUACUAUGGCUGCCUGCGCGACCACAGCGAGAAGACCCUCACCAUCUUCAUGGAGUACAUGCCGGGGGGGUCAGUAAAGGACCAGCUGAAAGCCUACGGAGCUCUGACAGAGAAUGUGACCCGGAAGUACACCCGUCAGAUCCUGGAAGGCAUGUCCUACUUACACAGCAACAUGAUCGUGCACCGCGAUAUCAAAGGUGCCAACAUCCUGCGGGACUCUGAGGGGAAUGUGAAGCUGGGAGACUUCGGUGCUAGCAAGAGGCUCCAGACCAUCUGCAUGUCGGGCACUGGCAUACGCUCUGUGUCCGGCACCCCCUACUGGAUGAGUCCGGAAGUGAUCAGCGGAGAGGGUUACGGCAGGAAGGCAGACGUGUGGAGCCUGGGCUGCACUGUGGUGGAAAUGCUGACAGAGAAGCCCCCUUGGGCAGAUUACGAAGCCAUGGCUGCAAUCUUCAAGAUCGCCACACAGCCCACCAACCCCGUGUUGCCCUCCCAGACCUCGGAGCACACCCGCGACUUUGUGCGCUGCAUCUUCGUGGAGGCCAAACACCGGCCGAGCGCCGAGGAGCUACUGCGACACCCUUUUUCUCAGAUCCUGUGCUGACACUGUCUACCCCUGCCCCAACACCCACUGCUUCCUUAUACACCACCACCCCACCCCCAAGUCAUCACCUCCUCCCUGGGAGUCUAGCAGUCUGCAGCACCCUGCUUCAGGUGGUAAAGUGGGGAGUCUUCAGCCUUCGGACAUCAUGCAUCUCCAGUUCCCCACACAAGGGGGCACCACAAGAUUCCAGGAGGUACUAGGAGCAGGGAGAGCAACAGCUGGAGUUCUGUGCAUC